AUGUACUACGGAACCAUACUAACUGUCCCUGAAGCGGACGCUCUCUUCACUCCUCCCUCUUCCUACUCUCCCCAGAAGCCGAUUGCGAGGCUGGACCUUGGCUUCGAGUCCCCCUCUGACGACGUGCUAGACGCUGAUAUCUUCAACAUGAAUGGUACAGGAUCACCUCAACCAUAUAUCAAAGAAGAAGUCGACGACAUGUCUUUCAACAGCCGGUUCAUGGGCCACAAUGGCCUGGAUAUGAAUCAACAAUACACAAACGCCCAGUUCUCCGGACACGAGAACGCCAGUGGCAUCAACCCUUCCGAGCUCAACAUGAACGGAAACAUGAUGGGCAACCACUUUGGCACUAACAGCUACAUGCAGGGUGGUGCUGGUAUUGCCGACGACGAGCUUGCCGAGUCGCUUGGCACCUUUGAGCAGCAGCCUGGCUUCAACAACUUUUCUCAGGACCAGAUGAGUCAACAGCAGGACUACUACCACAGCCACGCCAACAAUGCCAGCGUGAACCAGGUCUACUCCAACACCCCAGACGACCUACCCAUUCACAGUCCUUUUGUACACCCCGGCAAUUUUGACUUCAACCAGUACCAAUCAGGAUCGCAGAUGAGGAGCUUUUCCGGCAGUAUGCCAACUGGCUCCAUGCGCCAGCGUAUCACAAUGAGCAGGACCACCUCCGACAACCGGGCUCCCAUGUCGCCCAAGACGCCUGCUAUGGCUGGCCUCCACCUUGGUACACCCGACUCGGGCAACUUCACCAACACCCAACCCAUCAUGACCAACAUGCACCGACACCACAAGAGCAUGUCUGGCCAGUGGGAGGGCACACCAGGAAGUGCCCACUCCUGGAUCGACUCGCCUACGGCAUCACCCCACACUGGCGGUCUGCACCACCAGCAGAUCACUGACGUCUUACAUUCGGGCAAGCACAACUCACUCCCCGCCAAAGUUGAUAUUGGUCAAAAUGCCGACGCUAAGAAGCGCCGACGCCGUGAGUCCCACAAUUUGGUGGAGCGUCGCCGCAGGGACAAUAUCAACGAGCGCAUCCACGACUUGUCUCGUCUUGUACCUCAGCACCGUCUUGAGGAUGAGAAGAUCCGCAAGCACAUCAACAACAAUGGCCCACUCUCACCUACCAUGGCCACUAGCGGUAUGUCACCACCACAAGCCACAUCACUUCUAGCUGGUGGAAGUGGAAGGCGAGCAGCCGGUAACAUUACACAAGGUCUCCCAAUCGAAGAAAAGGACAAGGGUCCUAACAAGGGUGACAUUCUCAAUGGUGCCGUUAGCUGGACACGUGAUCUCAUGUGGAUGCUGUCCAAGAAGAUUCAGGAAUGCGAUGAGCUGGCUGCACGACUCCAGCAAGCAACUGGUGAAGAGUGGACUGUCGAACAGUCCGAGGACGAGAAGCGCAUGAAGACGGAAAUUCUUGAUGCGCUUGAGAAGAAUGGCGCCGGUACUUUCAGGUACUCGCGCGGCCCCGGCUCAGGCCUGCGAGUACCCAAGCACACCAACCUGGCUGGUGAACCCCUCAACGGCGUCUCACCACAGAGCCUUAGCCCAGGCAUGCAAAGCACUGGUAGCGGCUCCGGAUCAAACCAACCGCAGUACUGGACUAGCCUGAAGGAGGAAGACGAGUACGGUAUGGACAUGGGCUGA